AUGCCGAGCAAGCUCUCGAUCCUAGUGUUUGUCGCCUCGCCACUGGAUUUUGCGCGAUACAGACACGCAGCGCUGUACUUUGAGUUUGAAAAGACACACUCAAACGUUCAAAUCGAGAAAACGGUUAGAUUCAAUGAGUCGGUUGCGGAAAGGGAAGAUGAUAUCAAGUCCUCGGUGAUGGAGGUGGUCGGGUCACCGGGGUUUUUAAGUUUUUAUGAGCGGGUUAAUACUGAUUUGCCUGCUGCAGCGACUGGUCUUGCGAAGGCUGUCUUUGUAUCUUCUAUACCGGACACGGUACCUGUAUCAUCAUUGCGGGCGAUAGUAUCAGAGACACCGGUCGAUGAUCUGGAAGGAGACUGGAAUAGUCAGAACUGGGUUGGUGAUGCGCUGGGGCGAUUGGUUACCGCGGGCUAUUUGGAUGCCGCGGACAAGGAACGUGCGGUAGAUGAUAUGGUGGAUGUUAUAUUAGAAGCGAAGGACGAGGAGACUGCAUAG